AUGACAAGAGUACAGCGUACAUUUUACAAGAGUUUUCUACAAAGAAAAUCAUCAAAGCCCGUAACGUUCUCUUCAAAGAAGCCCGUAACGUUCUCUUCAUUCUCAGCAAAGGAGAAUUCUAGACCAGAAGAGUCAUUUUUGGAAAGUCCAAACAUUGAUCUUGACAAUGAACGUUCAAAUGAUCAAACCACCGAGAAACCGGUCGAAGAUAAAGUGGAGGAAAAUAGAGAAGUAAUCACAAAUACACAUGAUCAAUUGGAAGAUGAAGAAGAAACAUCAAUUCCAAGAGCAAAUAGAAAUAGACGACCUCCCGAAAGAUAUGGUAACCCUUUUACUUUCAAAACAACCCAAGAAGAAACUGUCACAGAACCAAAAACGUACAAAGAUGCUGUAAGUUCAACACAAGCUAAAUAUUGGAAACAAGCAAUGCAAGCAGAAUUCGAAUCGCUUGAGGACAAUAACACUUGGACACUUGUUCGAGAACCAAAAGAUAGAAAAGUUUUACCUGGAAAAUGGGUAUACAAAGUCAAGUAUGGAGCAGAUGCUCAAAUUGAUAAGUACAAAUCUAGAUACGUAGCAAAAGGUUUUGCUCAAGUCAAAGGCUUGGACUUUUCCGAUACUUACGCUCCUACAUGCAAACCAGAGACUUUCAGAUUAUUGUUAGCAAUAGCAGCACAGAAAGAUCUACAUCUUGGUCAAAUGGAUGUAAAAUCAGCUUAUCUUCACUCAACCAUUGAAGAAGAAAUUUAUCUUGAGCAACCCGAAGGUUUUGUCAAGCAAGGAGAAAACGGACAGAAACUAGUGUGCAAAUUAAAUAAAUCCAUCUAUGGUCUUAAGCAAGCAGCAAAGAAUUGGUAUGAAGCACUAGCAAACCUCCUCGUCAGCAAAGGUUAUCAGCGAAGUCGCAACAACUAUUGUCUCUUUGUAAGGAAAGAAACAGAUGACGACAUCAUAGUAGCAGGAGUCAACGAUGAAAUCAUUGAUGCAAUCAAAUCGAUGCUGACAGAGAAUUUCAAGAUGGACGAUCGAGACACUUUACACUGGUUCUUGGGAAUGCGAAUUUUAAGAUCGAAGAACAUGAUCACAAUAGAUCAAGAGAGAUACAUUGAGAGCGUUCUUGAACAGUUCAAUAUGAGUGAUUGCAAGCCUAUGGCAACUCCUGGAGAAGUCAAUCUCAAGUUAGUUAAAGCCAGCGGAGAGUACGAAUUAGUUAACCCGAAGUUAUAUCGAAGUCUAGUUGGAUCCCUUCUAUACAUUGGGAAACAAACACGUCCUGACAUUCUUCAUAUUGUCAACCAAUUGUCGAGAUUUCUUGAAAAUCCCGAUAUGUCGCAUUGGAAAGCAGCAAAACACGUCUUAAGAUAUCUUAAAGGUACAAUUAAUCUACGAUUAACCUUUCUUAAGAAUUCCAACGUUAAACUUAUGGGUGAUUCAGAUUGGAAUGGUGACCUGAACGAUCGAAGAUCAACAACUGGCUACUACUUCAAAUUUGAAGGCGAUGGUGGAGCUAUAAGCUGGGAAGUAAAGAAAUAG